GUUCUAUUAAAAAUUUCUGUGUAGCUUUAAGUUGUAGUGAAGUCCAGGUGAAAUUAUGAGAUUAUAUUUCAGUAUCGCCUUUCUCAUAAGGUUGGUCGCGUCCGCAAAUUAUACGGAUUACCCGCAAAAGUUCUUCCUGGAAACUCUCUUCCUAAACGAAAUCCAACAAGGAGGCGUGGCGGAUGGGAUAAAAUUUCAUUGUUAUACAGUGGACAAUGAAGAUUCGUUUUUGUUGAAACUGAACGUUGAGGCCACAGCCGACAAACUUUUAUUGCGUUAUCCUUUGGUUUUCAUUCUGCACGGCUGGAUGGAUGAAGGCACGAGUGAUUGGGUACAAGGAAUUCAAAUGGCUUGGCGGCGAUACCAAGAUGUAAAUAUAUGUGCAGUUGAUUGGCGAAAAUUUGCAGGCCAGGACUACAAAAGUGCCAUGUUAAAGGUGUUUCGCGUGGGCAAUACUGUUGUGCAGAUGAUUCGAUGGUUGGAAUCGUAUCGGAACGUUGAUCGAAAUGACAUAAUUUUAGUCGGCUACAGUUUGGGAGCGCACGCCGUGGGGUAUGCAGGAUCCCGACUGAAUGGACAGAUUGGUGAAAUAAUUGGCCUAGAUCCUGCCGGGCCCCUAUUCACCAUGCCCUAUGAUGUCGGACACAAGUACCGUUUGGACGAGAGUGACGCUAGAUUCGUUCAAGUCAUGCAUACCUCAGCAGGCACGCUUGGUACUGACAAAAAGUGCGGUCAUGCUGAUUUCUACCCCAACGGCGGAUCAUCGCCCCAAAGUAACUGCAUAUACCCAGCGAAUGAAAACGAGGAGAAUAAAAACCCCAUAGGCUGCAGCCAUUCUUCAGUCGUGAAAUUUUUCAAGUACUCCUUGAACCCCAAUAAUCUCUACAUUGGCUGGGAUUGCUCCAACUACAAACACUUCAAGCUGGGUCUCUGUCGAUGGAAUAAGAUGAGCAGAUUUGGCAUUCACUCAGAGCGCAGGAAAGGGAAUUUCUAUUUCAGUACAUUAACAAACGCUCCGUAUGUGGAAACAAAACGCACUAAGGACGAUCUUCCCUAAGCCGUGAACUUGUACUGGACAAGAAUAUGAUAUUCCUUGAUAAUUGGCAUUUUUUCAUAUGUAAUUAUAUGUAAAUGUAUGUCACAUAUAGUAAUUGACAAUGCUUGCAAGGUUUUGCAUAUACAGUAGAUAUAGUACAUACUCAUUU